AGCUACAUGUUUAGUAAAGCUGUGACAGACACCAGUAAUCUUCCUAAGGUAAGUAUCUACAUGUUAAGUAAAGCUGUGACAGACACCAGUAAUCUUCCUAAGGUAAGUAUCUACAUGUUUAGUAAAGCUGUGACAGACACCAGUAAUCUUCCUAAGGUAAGUAUCUACAUGUUUAGUAAAGCUGUGACAGACACCAGUAAUCUUCCUAAGGUAAGUAUCUACAUGUUUAGUAAAGCUGUGACAGACACCAGUAAUCUUCCUAAGGUAAGUAUCUACAUGUUUAGUAAAGCUGUGACAGACACCAGUAAUCUUCCUAAGGUAAGUAUCUACAUGUUUAGUAAAGCUGUGACAGACACCAGUAAUCUUCCUAAGGUAAGUAUCUACAUGUUUAGUAAAGCUGUGACAGACACCAGUAAUCUUCCUAAGGUAAGUAUCUACAUGUUUAGUAAAGCUGUGACAGACACCAGUAAUCUUCCUAAGGUAAGUAGCUACAUGUUUAGUAAAGCUGUGACAGACACCAGUAAUCUUCCUAAGGUAAGUAUCUACAUGUUUAGUAAAGCUGUGACAGACACCAGUAAUCUUCCUAAGGUAAGUAGCUACAUGUUUAGUAAAGCUGUGACAGACACCAGUAAUCUUCCUAAGGUAAGUAUCUACAUGUUUAGUAAAGCUGUGACAGACACCAGUAAUCUUCCUAAGGUAAGUAGCUACAUGUUUAGUAAAGCUGUGACAGACACCAGUAAUCUUCCUAAGGUAAGUAUCUACAUGUUUAGUAAAGCUGUGACAGACACCAGUAAUCUUCCUAAGGUAAGUAGCUACAUGUUUAGUAAAGCUGUGACAGACACCAGUAAUCUUCCUAAGGUAAGUAGCUACAUGUUUAGUAAAGCUGUGACAGACACCAGUAAUCUUCCUAAGGUAAGUAUCUACAUGUUUAGUAAAGCUGUGACAGACACCAGUAAUCUUCCUAAGGUAAGUAGCUACAUGUUUAGUAAAGCUGUGACAGACACCAGUAAUCUUCCUAAGGUAAGUAUCUACAUGUUUAGUAAAGCUGUGACAGACACCAGUAAUCUUCCUAAGGUUACCCAUUUCUCUCUAGUACUUGUAGCCAAAGAUUUCAACCCAGAAAAGUAUAAAGAACUUUGUAAGAUAUUAUCGAAUAAGUACCAGACCUCAGGAAAUCCUGCAUCUAUGUUGGAAUGUUACCUAAGUGUGUUUACUAGAGGGUCGUGUUCCACAGACGAAAAUGGUCGCUUUUCUGCCAGAGAAUAUGACAAUAAGAAAGCCUACUUAAGGUCAGAACUAAGAGGCAUUAUAGAAACGUUUGGGAUGUCUACGGUAAUUAUCUACACUGCCUUGAUGUUGAAGAAAAGAAUCGCAGUGUACUACCCUCCUGACCAAAUACACCAACUUUUGAUGUUUGUCAGAUCACUUCCCGCGCUGGUUUGGCAUCGGCAAAACUGGAAUAUUGCUUUUCCGUUCCUAGAACUGAAUCAACAGGAACUGGAUAUGCUAAAGGGAGCUAACUGCUAUGUAGCCGGAUUUACUGACGCAUCAUUAGAAGGAAGGAAUGACUUGUACGAUGUUUACGUGAGUCCAAUCUCGGGACAGGUCUCCAUAGCAACACAAGCCAAAGAGGCACUAGCAAUGGGCAAGCUACACAAGGACACAGCAGCCUUCAUGGUUCAAUGUGCAGAGAAUGAUGAUUUAUCUGAAGAAGACAUAGUCACGGAAAUAGCCAAAAAAACAAGUGAACUUUUAAGCAACCUGAAAAGUCUGGCUGAGGAAGGAGAGGAUGGGAAAUUGUCAGUUACAUUAGAAACUUUGAGAGCACGGAAAAUGAACCCGGCUACAGAAAACUUCCUGUUUUCCCUGGCAGCUUGUGAAGGACUCGUGAAGUUAUAAUCAUAUUUUACAUCGUUUUUGUCAAAUGUAUUUCUGUGAUAAUGAACUUAAUCCUUGACAUGGAACUGUCGCCACAUCAGUUGUUGGUCGGUCUCUCAUUUUACCUUUUUAAUUUAAACGAUGUCUUCUUAAUAACCAAGAGGCCUAAGAUGAUGGUACUAGGAGAGAAAUAUGCUGGAAUGAAGGUUUAACAAGUUUGCUUAGAAAAAGCCUUCUCCUAUAUCAAGGUCACAGGGGUCAUACUAAGAAAAAACUUUUAAAUGACUUAUUCUGAAUAACAAAAAAAGCUUAGGGUUCAAUUCAAAAGUAUUUUUAUUGACAAUACAUAUAUACUUCCAACAUGUAAGUUGUAUAUAUUAAAUCAGAUGUUAGUAUAGUUUUGACAAAAGAAUCGGACAACAGGCUAAACCUAUAUCAGUCUUCUUCUAUUGCAGUAGUGAUUAAGUAUAUAGAAUGUGGUUAGUCUCCCUCUCAUCCACACCCACAACCAACACUAGCUCAUGUGUAUUACUGAUUGUCUACAGGACGAAACUUGCUUGAAUAAUAAUAAUAGUUUAUCAAGUUGGAAUUUAACUGACACGUAUAAGUAGAUGUUUUGAUAAUUUAAUAUAAGAGUCAACAUUUAUAAGAAUAGUAUUACUUAGUUGUUCAGAUGCAUUGCUAAUACCAUAUAAUAAACAGUGCCGGUUUAAAUAUCCUAAUAGAUUAUAAAAAGCUUAGGGUAAUGAUAUUUGGUCAGUAGCAUGCUGAAAUGAAGAGCUACUGUAUAACAUGAAAUGUUCAUUGUGUAUAAACUUUGUGGCUUUGGAAGUUGUUAUUGAACAACGAAAAUAAAUACAACAAAUUUGAGUGAUACACAUGUCUACUGUUUGUUGAUGAAGUCUAUCCACGAAAGUUUGUACCACCACACGAUCAAAAUGGCUUCAAAUCACGAAGGAAUGUAUCCAUGAACAUUUCGUGUUAUACAGUACAUUGUAUCAUGUUUGUGCAAAUGAAUGACAUUUACCCAUAUUCAAGGUCACAGGGGUCAAAUGUGAUAAAAACUUUUAAACGACUUCUAGCAUGAAGAAAUUUGAGCAGAAGCAUGAUUGAUGAAAGGCUAUCAAGUUUGUUCAAAUGACUGACCUUUACUCAAUUUCAAGGUUUCAGGCAUGAAAUGUGUUAAAACCUUAAAACAAAGUUCUAUUCAAUACCAACUCUUUAGGUUAAGGGGUCAAUUCAUGUUUUGAAUAUUUAAAUGACUUCUGCUCCAAUCUGAUGAUUAUUGACCAGCAUCAUGCUGGGAUGUGUGGCUAUAAAAUUUAUUUAUUCAGUUAAAUGAUUUUGACUCACAGGGGUCAAGGUUUUGUAAACCUUAAAUCACCUCUUCUCAAUGAACAAAUUUCCAGAAUGAUGCAGUGUUUUUUAUCAGACUUUCAAGUUUGGGGGUAAAAUCAAGCGUAAAUGAUGUAUUUGACUCCUUUAUAUGGCAGACCUCUUUAUUUUUUGAGGGUCAGAAGCCAUUUUAUGAGGUUAAAUAACACCAUAUGGGGGUUAACAGAAACCCUGGGACUAAUGAUAUUUAACCAGUAGAAUGCUGGGAUCAAGGGCUUCCAUUUUUGUUCAAGUGAAUUACCUUGCUAGACUUUCAAGGUCACAGAAGGCAAAUGUGCUCAAAUCUUUCAACCGGUUCUUUUGAAUGACCAAAUGUCAUAGGUGAUUAUCGGCCUGUACCUUCAUUUAUCUAUUUAAAUAUUUUCACCUUGGAUUUUUUUAAGGUUACAAGUGUGAGAUAAAUACCAGAAGAGCUAUGUAGUGAAGUAAUAACACUCCUAUUUGGAGAAUAGAGAACUGAUGUAGUCACCUCAGCGUCGUUGUCCCUGACUUCAGGAUAAAGAUUUACAGAUCACCACAGUCAAUAGGCUGUUGAUUGGAAGGUCGAGGCAUUUAUAUGAGCCCCCCCCCCCUUUUUAGCCCUCAUAAAAGUGAUGAGGGAGACAGUUUUUCAACUUUUAAAAAAUUGUGAUGAAGCAGGUAUUUAUUUUUAGCUCACCUGGUACAAUGUGCCAGUUGAGCUUAUGGUAUGGCGUUUUGUCCGUCUUCCGUCAGUUUUUUCUUUGAACAUCUUCUUCAGGACUAGAUGACCUAUGGCCAUGAUAUUGGGUCAAGUAUGUAAAUAUCUUUAAACAUCUUCUUCUGCAAUACCAGAAUGCUCUGGGUGAUGGUAUUUGACCAGUGGCAUGAUGGGAUAGAGUAAAAAAGUUCAUUAAGUCUGGAACAUUCUUAAGCCUAGGAGACUGAAUAUAUGGAAAUAUUUCCAAAAGUACUUUUAUUGAGAAUAUUUUUCCAUGAUUGCUGAAAUAUCCAGGUGAGCGAU